CUGGGGAAAUACACUUAUCCUCAUAGUAUAUUGCACCAUUUUUCCUCAUUUCCAUUAUCAUAAUAGGUAUGAUAUAAAUACUUGAAAAAUUAUCCCUACCAUUCGGACUACAUACAUAUAUCCAUACUACCUGGGGUAUAUGGAUUUCAUUUCUCACUGCAAUGUAACAUUACUUCACAAAUGCUACCGCUUAUACAUUAUAUAUCAUGCUAUCUUUAUACAUCAUUCCACUUGCACCACCUUUCCUCUAUCUCCAGGAUGAAUGGCCCGCACAUUAUUACUUCCAAGUUAAUUCAACGUCAAUAAUUUGCUCAUACUUAUACACCGUACACAACUGUGCACUUCUUAUUCGGUUAAUAUAACCCUUUUCACUUUCUUAGCACGCACUUUAUGCAGAUCAUUAUUUCGUCAUCUUUAGUUCUCAUACGGAAUUUACAACUUCAUCCAUUUCAUUGCAUACUUCACAAUAUCAUGCCUUCACCAUCUCCGUCCCGGUUUACAUUCAACAACCCUACCAUUAACGUUUAAUAUUUCUGCCUGCUUUCAUUUAUUGCACGUUGCUGAUUCCCUGAUUUCUCCGUUGCAGAAAAUGAGAUUUCAUAAGAAUUCAUCACCAACGAACAAUUACAACACACCAUGCGACUAACAUGUUGGUAGCCCGAGAGUGCUGGGCUGAGGCUGUGGAUCAAGGACAGGCAGUGGAUGUGUUGUUCAUCGACUUUUCUAAAGCCCUUGACGCCGUACCGCAUUGCCGUCUUUUGCUUAAACUAGAAUCCUACGGCGUUUCAGGCCAAGUAUUGAAGUGGAUUUCGGCUUUCCUGGAAGGAAGGCAGAUGAGCGUCCGAGUGGGUUCCGGGCUGUCUUUCAGACAAGCCGUUCUGAGUGGUGUUCUUCAGGGGUCGGUUCUCGGACCUCUACUGUUUGCAUUGUAUGUCAAUGACCUCACUGAGAUGCUUAAGGUACCAUCCCUUAUGUUUGCGGAUGACUUAAAAUUUUGGAAUACAUUGAGCGAUUCUGUUGGGCCCACGGCUUUACAGACAGCUCUCGACAAGCUCUGGGAGUGGGCAGAAUUCUGGCAGCUGCCAGUCAAUCUUGCAAAGUGUUCGGUCCUGCGCAUAGGAUCAAGCACUUCCACAACUUCUUACGUACUUGACGAAAAUGCAUUGCGUCAAGUGACUGAACAAACCGACUUGGGUAUCUCGUUAUCCUCUGACUUCAAAUCCAGCGAGAACUAGACAAGUACUACCCGCAAGGGUUUCCGAAUGCUGUGGAUGAUCCACAGGUCAUUCUGUAUUAUAACAAAUGAAAGGUUUGUUAUAUUGUUCUUAGCCUUCGUCAGGCCAUAAUUGGAGUACUGCGUGCAGGCCUGUCUUCCAUGCUUGGUACGCGAUAAGAUGACAAUUGAAGGAGUUCUGAGGGUUGGUACAAAAACUGCCCCCAAGAGGAUCUUUGCAUACGUGAAGCGGCGCCUGAGGCCUGUAGCCAAUGUCCCAGUGUUAGAAGGCUCCGAUGGACGGCCCCUAACCUCGAGUACAGAUCGUGCGUCCGCAUUGGCGACGCACUUCGCCUCCGUAUUUGCAAGUGACCAGGUGCCUGUAACGAGUUCGACGUGUACCGCUCCAGCCGAACUUAACAGCCUGGACUGCAAUAUUGAGGAGGUUCGCAAGCUUCUAGCAAAUCUUGACGGGGCAAAGCCUACUGGGCCAGAUGGUGUACACCCACUGAUCCUCAAGUCCCUAUCGGCCAUCAUCGCGCCGUCUGUAACUGAACUGUUUAACAGAUCACUAUCUACGGGGCUGUCACCAGACGACUGGAAAUGCUCAGUCCUAAAGCCUAUACUGAAAGUUGGUAACCCAAGUAAAGUGGAUAACUACCGGCCGAUCUGCCUGACUGCUGUUUUGGCAAAGACGCUCGAGAAGAUCGUGAAGAAGAACCUUCUGCAGCUUCUCGAGUCGAAAAACCUGUUGACCUCCGCACAGCAUGGUUUCCUGAAAGGUCGCUCGUGCAUCACCAACCUACUGUCGACAAGGCACGAGUGGUUACAGGCGAUGAACAAAGGCCAUUCAUUCGAUGUCAUUUACAUUGACUUCAGUAAGGCUUUUGACAAGGUUAACCAUGCAGUUCUCCUUGACAGGCUGAGGAUGUACGGUGUUGGUGGUUCGCUACACAAAUGGAUCAGAAAUUUCCUUGUUGAUCGGAAGUGGCGAGUCCAGGUGGACGACCGUCUAACGAACUGGUAUCCAUCGAGCAGCGGCGUGCCCCAAUGCACUGUACUGGGGCCCAUAUUGUUUCUGAUCCAUGUAAAGGAUGUCCCUCAGCUACUCCAAUCACCAUGUGCGCUGUUCGCAGAUGACUUGAAGGUGUGGAGAGUAAUCCGCACACUCAAUGUUUGUGGGUUACUUCAGCAUGAGCUCGACAACCUCUUAACAUGGUCUGCAGAGGUUAACCUUCCGAUCAACCCUGCCAAGUCGCAAUUCAUGAGGUUGGGUAAACGCGAGCACAUCCGAACCUACACAGUGGCUGGUCAACCGCUGCAUCCCGCGUCUUUCGUGCGCGACCUCGGUGUGCUCUCACGCUGCGACCUAAAGUCCAUUGACAGCACGAAUAGGCUGUAUCAAAACAGCCUUCGGAUGCUUUGGGCGCUCAGGCGCAGCUUCAACACUUGGUCCGAAGAGAUUGCCACUCGCCUCUUCGUCUCGAUAAUACGACCAAUGAUAGAGUACGGCUCUCCCGCAUAUGGUCUCAUCAAGCUGGGCGAGAUAGAAAAGCUUGAGCGGGUGCAGCAUGUAGCCACUAGGCUGAUUCUCAACUUACGAGGUAUGCCAUAUGAAGACCGAUGUAAGAAACUAGGGCUGUACACCCUAGCAUAUCGUCGGCUGAGGGUUGACCUAAUCAUGACGCACCGGAUAUUACAUCUGAGUGACUACCCCAUGUUGAGACAACUACUUCAUCUGCGUACACCAAGCAGCACGCGAGGACACCGGUACAAACUUAUCGUACCGCAGUUGAAGCGGGUCGCGCACCAACUAUGUUUCGAACGUAGAGUGGUGAAUACCUAGAACAACCUGCCGCAGCCGGUAAUAGAGGCGAAUUCAGUGGCCGAAUUUAAGAAGCUGCUAGACAAGUACUUUGCAGAGGCAAAAUAUAGAGAGCGGAACGAUAAUUAAUAAGUUAAUGCCCAAGAGCAACCAUUGAUGCAGCUACACAGAGUAUGCUCUACUCGCUGCUUCUAAUCAGUAUCAGUAUCUCGGAUCCCGAUAGGCUGCUCAGGUUGCAUAUGUUUUCGCUGCACUAUAGGCGCCUUCGGAGAGACCUGAUUCUUACGUACCGUAUAUUGACCAACAAGAUUGGGCCUGCUGUAACUGGACUGUUCCAACCAGCUCAGAUGCCAUCUUUUCGUGGUCACCCUCUGAAGUUGCAUAGGCCUAGAUCUGAUCACGUUAGAGCUGAUGUUCGUUUGUCACGCAGGGUCAUCGACUCAUGGAAGGCACCAACGGUGAAGGAGUUUGUACAUCGACUCGACGCCCUUGGGUUACAGUUUCAGACCUUUCCGUUGGGUUCUUAACCUCUACAUCUAUUUCCUUGGCUUCGCACAUCUAUUAUUAUUAUUGGCUUAACCACUCAUUCUCUCCUGUACUACAUUUACCAUUAUUUUGUUUUUGUUGGUACCCUGCUCUUAACCUUUAUUCUAUUCACGUGGCCGGUACAGUGGGGACUGCUAGUGCAGGCCGCGUGGGCCUUGAUUGGUUGACAGUUAUGUGAUUCGUGUGUAUUGAUUUGGCUCCUCUCGGUUUCAAAUCGCUCCCGCGAAGCUCUGGGUUCAACGACGCAUUGAAGAAGGAACACCCAUGGGAAUUUCCUACCGUUCCUGUCCAAAUUGAACAUGAAAUUGAGGUAAGCCUAACUUAUACAUUCUACACAUUAUUUCAGCAGAUUUUAAUUCAUUGUAUACUUGAAAUACGUUUACGUUUAUUAGACGACUAAGAUAUUUCAACGUUCAAGACACAAUUGAAACACCAUUAUCUCGAAGCGUCCCAUCCGCGACUUGAAAAUAAGGUUUUUUCGGCAGUGUGAUUCCGGUAC